GGAGAAUCAAAUAGUUUGAGGUUGUUUCCAGGGGGGAGGACGCUAGGAAGACAGGGGUCAGAUAUAAGCUGUGCGUGUUUGUCUGCUGUAAAUCCAGAUUUACUGAGCCGUCACCGAGAGACACUUCCGCCCACAAAAAAGAUGGCGGCUCCCUUGAUGGAGAAACUGUCGGAGUCCUUAGGUUCCCCAGAACCGGCGGUUCGGCUCAUUUUGUCUGUUUUAAUUGGGUAUCCUUGUGCUCUGGUGUACAGACAGUUUCUCUUCCAUCAGCCGGCCACCACAGUUCACUUGUUCCACACCUUUUCUGGACUGGCUCUAGCAGCGUUUAACUUUGCAGGCUCGCAGAUCUGUCACUCUGCAAUAUGCAUCCUUGUCCAGUUCCUGAUGCUGAGGCUCAUGGGAAGGACGAUAACAACUAUCCUGAGCAGUUUUAGCUUUCAAAUGCUAUACCUGUUAGCAGGCUAUUACUACACAGCCACAGAGGAGUAUGAUAUCAAAUGGACCAUGCCUCAUUGUGUCCUCACACUCAAACUUAUUGGUUUGUCAUUUGAUUACUAUGACGGCGGGAAGAAACCAUCCGAGCUGAAUGCAGAUCAGCAGAAGGCAGCCCUGCCCUCUGUGCCCUCUCUGCUGGAGGUGUAUGGCUUUUCCUACUUCUAUGGAGGCUUCUUGGUGGGACCCCAGUUUACACUGCGCAGCUACCAGAGGCUGGUGGCAGGGGAGCUCACCGACUGUCCUGGAAAGCCCCCCAACAGUGUUAUACCUGCUAUGAAGCGGUUUGCCCUGGGUCUCCUGUGCCUGGUUAUAUACACAAUAUUCAGUCCACAUUACCCAGACAGUUACUACUUAACAGACGAGUACGAGGCUCAGCCGUUCUGGUAUCGCUGUGUGUUCAUUCUCAUUUGGGCUAAAAUCAUCCUGUAUAAAUACGUCAGCUGUUGGGUCAUAGCGGAGGGUGUAUGUAUACUCUCUGGACUAGGCUACAAUGGUGUAGGAGAGGAUGGAGAGCACAAGUGGGACGCUUGUGCCAAUAUGAAAGUGUGGCUGUUUGAAACGACACCACUCUUCACAGGAACCAUCUCUUCAUUUAAUAUAAACACCAAUUCCUGGGCAGCCAGGCACGUGUUCAAGCGGUUGAAGUUCCUGGGCAAUAAGAUCGUGUCUCAGGUGGCCACGCUGCUCUUUCUGACCAUCUGGCACGGCCUGCACUCUGGCUACAUCAUGUGCUUCUCCAUGGAGUUCAUCAUCGUCUAUGUAGAGAGACAGGCCCAGGCACUGGUGAGGGACAGCCCCUUGCUGACCAGGCUUGCCAACAGCUGGCUAUACCCCCUCAUCUAUAUAGUGCAGCAGUUCAUCCACUGGCUCUUCAUGGGCUACCCACUGGUGCCGUUCUGCCUCUUCACGUAUGACAAAUGGCUCAAGGUGUAUUCGUCCGUCUAUUUCUGUGGUCACAUAUUCUUCUUCACAGUUUAUUUAAUCUUGCCAUACCUCCGUAAGCUGCUGGUGCCUAAGAGAGAGCGGAGUGAGAAAAAGCAGGACUAAAACUUCACAUGGUCUCUCUCUGGCUGGAUAUCCACCCAGGAUGCAAUUGAAGGGAACUGUGACUUUUAAGGAGCAGAUUGGAAAAUAUUUCAAGGCCUUUAGUAAUACAUAUUAUAUGUCCAUGUAAAAAAAAAAAUCUUUCUAUAUAUUUUUGUGUUUCAAAUGGGGUGGGUGUUUUUACAAGCAUUUGCUGAAAAGUUUACGGGAAAUGACCAUUGUGCCACAUGGGUAAUUGUGAGCCAAUCAGGGGUGAUUUCCUGUUUGUUUAUUUUCAUUUUUUUAAAAGACAUGUGGGUUGAACUCGAGUUGAACCUGAGACUUAAGUAUUGUCUACACAGAAUUGCACUCACCAAGCACGGGUUCAGAGUCAGCCGGUGGCUCUGAUAUGUUUUGUUCCGUUUUUCUGUGUCACCUCAAGCCCCCGCAUUUAGCAGAGAGCGUUCACAGGACCAAGGUUUCGGCACAACGACGAUGUAUUUGGCACUUUCAAAUGUAAUAAUACAACAUGCAUACAGCUUGUUGCGAAAGAGAGACUGCUGCUCAGACGAGAAUAAUAAUAUUCAGGGGCGUCAUUUGUUGAAAAUGGCUGCCCACCAGUCAUAACAAAGCACUGUAAGUCACACUGUACUCUUAACACUCAACUCAAAAUGGCCUUGUAUUAUCAAUGAAUGUUUUUACAUUACUUCUGGUUUUAAUUUGAUUUAAAAGAUUUUUUCUUUGUGAUCAAAAACUUGAUUUUAUAGAAAUUAAGGAAGUUUUAUGGAGAAAAAAAGAAGGAGAAUUUUGUAGCUUUGGAUAAGAUUUCACGGAAGGAUUUGCAUUGUUCUUUUAAUUCUUAAUCCUAAUCACUUUGUACAGCUUCUCCUGCCAUCCCUCCUAGUCUCUCUGUUUACUUCACGCCCCACUUAUCUGUCUGCCUUGACUCAAACCCAGCCCCCAGCCUGGACUCUCUAGAUCUGGAAGGACCUGAAUAAUAGUGUGGUAACUGCCCUCACCUUGCACUCUGCCAGGCCAGAGAGUCACAGUUAGGUUUUAUCCUGUCCUCUCAGAUCUCAGUAACUGGGGCAAAGACUGUUUGGGGAAUUUAGGGAUUGUUUAAUUUUGAACUGGAAAACAAAAAAAGAAACUUUCAUUAUGGAUACCCAUGGUCUGUUCCUUCUUUUUUCUUUUUCUUUUUUUUUUUUUUAAAUAGCAGUUGGUAAAUGAGAAGUGUGAGUCCCACUCCACGAUAGGAAUGCUUCUGUUUUGGGCUGGACAGUCUGAUCCAUGGUGUGAGGGCUGGCACGGACACUGCCACCCUUUCAGAUGCAGAGACACAUGGGGAGGACAUCACCUCACUGUAGCAACAGCCCAUUUUAGUAAUAUUUAUACAUGACAUGGUGAUUAUUAAUUGAUGUGAAUUAUUAUUUCAAGAGACUACUUCUUGCCUUAUUCCUACCAAAUGUACAAAGCAAAACAAAAAACGGGGAAAAAGUAAUUUUAAAUACAUUUUUGUAUUGUUCAUUAAAAUGCUGGAUUUCAAAAACCAA